AGUUCGGAUGAACGAUAUAACGCGAAGGGUUCGUCUUCUGGAAAGGAAGCUCAUUUCCGGUCGCUAGCUUUCAAAUCUCCUCUAGAUGUGUAAAAAGUGAAAAAUGUUUUCAACGAAGUCUACAAGACUUGCAUCUUCUCUCGUGGGAACGGUGCUCAGAUCGUCAGGUUCUCGGUGCAUCAUAUUGCAGCGGUUUGGAAUUCGAACUGAAAAUGGCGGUCAACUGGUAGCAGCUCUUCGAAAAUCCACAGUAAGCGUAGAGUUGUCGUCGCAUGCUAGAUUUUGAGUGUUGAUAGUUAGCUGAGAAUGUAAUAGAUUAUUAGAAAUUACAGUAAAAAUUAGUGUUCUAUAAUGCUUACGUAAGAGGAUCAUGCCAGGUUGGGGAGGAAACCCAAGAUGAAGCAUUGGAAAGUCAGUAUAUGGUCUGUAUGACGUGAAUUAGGUGCUUACUGCUCAAAUAGGAUUUACCGCUUUUGUUAUAAAUAUUUGAUCCUUUGAUACAGUUACAUUUUCUUAGAUAAAACCAAGGAUUUAAUCCAAACAUCUGAACUACUUGACAAGGUUUUGACAAAGAAGAAAAAAAAAACACCUGUUCAUAAUGCAUCAGUCAAUUACAGCUGCGACCAGCCCCCACCCCCCACCGCCCCCGGCUACUGCGGGGCAUUUGCCAAUUCUGCUCUGCCCGGGCACCGGGCAUUUGCCAACCCCGGGGCCAUUCCCAAGCCUAUGAUACGCAUGCAGUUUCCUAUCAGAAUAUAACUACACUUAGGAUUUUAAUGGAAAUAUUUUAAACAAGCAUAUUGGCGUAAUUAUCAAGGACAGGAAAAAAUUGAAGAGGGUUGUAAAGACAUGUUCUCAAUUUUAUGCAUGCAUUUUUUCAUUGCGUAUCAAGCCAGAAUCACAUGGCGAAAUUGGGAGCUAACAGGACGUGAAUCAAAUUGAAUCAAAUUUCUGUUGAUAGCCAUUAUUUGAAGAUCAUCCUUCCAUAUUUAUAAAAUUAUUCGACAUAACAUAUAACUUUAUAGCACUCUGUUAAUGUCGUCGUGGCGUGCAGUCUUAAGAAUCCUAGUGCUAUUACAAAGGAAGACGUUAAUUGAAACAAAAAAAUCGCACAUUAAAAUGCUUAAAUGGCACUAUUCGAUUGUGCAAGCUGACAGAGGACGGGGCAUUUGCCCUCUUUUUCAUCCCCAGCUCGGGAGAUUUGACAGCUCAAGAGUCCCCACCCCCGGGAAUUUGCCAUCCAAGGCAAAACAAAUGGUAAUGCCCUGGGGUCAGCCUGGAGGGGGGGGAGGGGGGACUGGGCACAGCUGGAAUUGACUGAUGCAUAAUCAGGAAGGGCUUGCAUUUUUGAGCCUUUAAAAGGUAUCAUUGUAUUACUUUCCUUCCCUUAAAAAUUGUCAGGGUUUAACAAUCGUCAUAGUUACCAACACACACAGAACACAUACACCUGCCCCAUAUUGAAAGGAGCUCUCCCAGGAAGGGGGCGGGGGGCUACUUCCUAUAAUGGCCUAUAUGGGAAGUCUCUGCCACAAAGGAGGUACCUUUUUUAGGGUUCAGCCACAUAAGAAGGGUACGGAUUUCACUUGAAGUAAAUGAAGGGGUAGGGAAAUCUGUCUUUUCGGUCAGUAAAAGGACCCCUAAAGACUAACAGAUGCAUUUUAUGCCUGUGAAAAAGUUGAGAAAACUUUCUGGUUUUGAUUUAUUCUUAUUUUGAACACAGUGCAUUUACAUUGUACAUCAGUUGAAAGGGAUGCAAAGUUCUAAACUAGGAAUAUGAAAGGUGUACCGUUUGCUAAUAGAAGGUAUAUGAAAGAGUUACCUUUUCUGUAGCCUGUGAAAACAGCCGUUUCUCCUCGCUCUUCGCCACUGGGAUGUUUUGCGAGAAGGAACGUCUGUGACUCAGCGACAGAAAUUCAAUACUGACAACGUAUAACAAUGUUUACAUAAUAAAUCUAGUAGUCAUGGGGUUCCAAAUGCAAAUUUGUUCAAUUUUAUGUUUCUCCUGGUCGUUUUUCUAAAGUGUUAUGUUAACCUGUGAGUGAGCUCCAGCAAAACUCAAAUGCUUCUUCUAGAGAAGAAAAUAUUCCACAAAUACUGACUGUUUCGUUAUAGAUUCAUCGUAUUUACAUUUGACCUUUUUAGCUUUUUGUCUUUUGUCUGUCAUUCAUAAACAAUAGCUAAGACAAUGUAACUACUCUGUCGUACAAUCAGCACUUAUGAUCGGAUUCCAGACCGAUUUUACGUCAUCAGUAUGUAAUUUCUGUCGCUGAGACGCAGAUGUUCCUCCUCACGAAACGUCCCCAGCGGCUAGGAGCGACGAGAAAUGGCAGGUUACCUUUUGUGUCAAAAAUGGUAUAAAACAGGGUUCACACAGUCUUGAAAAGUCCUUGAAUUUUAGGGGAAGUCCUUGAAAAGUCCUUGAAAUCCGUUUUUCCUUGAAAAGUCCCUAAAUAUCUGUGCAAGUCCUUGAAAAGUUCUUGAAUCUUCUUCAACUUUGAAUGUAGUAGCCUGGACAGAGUUUUUUGAUGCUUUUUCAUUGUCCAAGGCAGAAUGUAAAUCACAACUCAGAGAAUUUAAUGGUUUUUUACAUAAAGUGCUCUAUGUUUUAUGCGAUAAUGAAACAAUCAAUUUAAGACAAGUGAACAAAUGUAGAGAAGUUGGUGAAGCAAACAGGUCAAGCCUUAAAGUCUUAUUAGAAAGGACUGGGAAUGUGCAUUUUUGUACAGUCUGUGAAAUUAAAUUCCUAGUAGGUGGUCCUUGAAAAGUAAUUGAAAAGUCCUUAAAAAAUGGUUGCAAUUUUUUGUAUGAACCCUGUAUAAAGCCAGCUAGGUAAGGGGUUGGCCUUGGGGGCCAGAGCCUGUCCGUAUAAAACUACACUGGGGGAGUUCCCGACCUGGCAGCAAGCUCUCUUGUGGGGUACAUAAUUUCUGAACAUCUGUGUUGACAUAGUUGUAUCUAUCAGGUUUGUCUGUUGUCCACGAGUGCUGUGCACACUGAGAAGCAGCUACCACAUUUUAAAGAGAGGGAACAGAUUAAAGAAGCCGAAGGAGAUGAUGAUCGCACACUGGGUAAUGAGGUGUACAGGAUGCCUCAUCCUAUUUGGUAAGAAAAUAAAACAAUGAGCGUUAUAACUCAUCAUAUACAUUGUAAAUAUUUCUCUUACCCUUCUCUUUUUGAUUGGCUCUAAUCUCACAAAUGAUUUUUCAUAACCGCACCUUGUGUUGACCUAGAGCGCUUACAAUUUGUGUGGAAAACCUGGUGAAUGCUUUUAGAAUGCAAAUGGAUCAGUUCCCAGGUGGGGGAACACAUAUCACUAGGCAUAUGUGUUUCCCAGGUGGGGGAACACAUAUCGCUAGGGAUAUGUGUUUCCCAGGUGAGGAAACACAUAUCACUAGGGAUAUGUGUUUCCCAGGUGGGGGAACACAUAUGACCAGGGAUAUGUGUUUCCCAGGUGGGGGAACACAUAUGACUAGGGAUAUGUGUUUCCCAGGUGGAGGAACACAUAGCACUUGGGAUAUGUGUUUCCCGGGUGGGGGAACACAUACGACUAGGGAUAUGUGUUUCCCAGGCGGGGGAACACAUAUCACUAGGGAUAUGUGUUUCCCAGCUGGGUGAACACAUAUGACUAGGAAUAUGUGAUCCCAGGUGGGGGAACACAUAUGACUAGGGAUAUGUGUUUCCCAGGUGGGGGAACACAUAUCACUAGGCAUAUGUGUUUCCCAGGUGCGGGAACACAUACCACUAGGGAUAUGUGUUUCCCAGGUGGGGGAACACAUAUCACUAGGGAUAUGUGUUUCCCAGCUGGGUGAACACAUAUGACUAGGAAUAUGUGUUUCCCAGGUGGGGGAACACAUAUAACUAGGGAUAUGUGUUUCCCAGGUGGGGAACACAUAUCACUAGGGAUAUGUGUUUCCCAGGUGGGGAACACAUAUCACUAGGGAUAUGUGUUUCCCAGGUGGGGGAACACAUACCACUAGGGAUAUGUGUUUCCCGGGUGGGGGAACACAUACCACUAGAGAUAUGUGUUUCCCAGGUGGGGGAACACAUAUCACUAGGGAUAUGUGUUUCCAAGGUGGGGGAACACAUAUCACUAGGGAUAUGUGUUUCCCAGAUGGGGCAACACAUACCACUAAGGAUAUGUGUUUCCCAGGUGGAGGAACACAUAUCACUAGGGAUAUGUGUUUCCCAGGUGGGGGAACACAUACCACUAGGGAUAUGUGUUUCCCAGGUGGGGGAACACAUAUCACUAGGGAUAUGUGUUUCCCAGGUGGGGGAACACAUACCACUAGGGAUAUGUGUUACCCAGGUGGGGGAACAAAUAUCACAAGGGAUAUCUGUUUCCCAGGUGGGGGAACACAUAUCACUAGGGAUAUGUGUUUCCCAGGUGGGGGAACACAUGUCACUAGGGAUAUGUGUUUCCCAGGUGGGGGAACCCAUACCAUUAGGGAUAAGUGUUUCCCAGGUGGGGGAACCCAUAUCACUAAGGAUAUAUGUUUCCCAGCUGGGUGAACACAUAUGACUAGGGAUAUGUGUUUCCCAGGUGGGGGAACACAUAUGACUAGGGAUUUGUGUUUCCCAGGUGGGGGAACACAUACCACUAGGGAUAUCUGUUUCCCAGGUGGGGGAACACAUAUCACUAGGGAUAUGUGUUUCCCAGGUGGGGGAACACAUAUCACUAGGGAUAUGUGUUUCCCGGGUGGGGGAACACAUAUCACUAGGGAUAUGUCUUUCCCAGGUGGUUGAACACAUAUCACUAGGGUUAUGUGUUCCCAAGUGGGGGAACACAUAUCACUUGUGAUUUGUUUUUCCCACGUGGGGGAACCCAUAGCAUCACUAGGGAUAUGUGUUUCCCAUGUGGGGGAACACAUAUCACUAGGGAUAUGUGUAUCCCAGGUCGGGGAACACAUACCACUAGGGAUAUGUGUUUCCCAGGUGGGGGAACACAUAUCUCUAGGGAUAUGUGUUUCCCUGGUGCGGGAACCCAUAUCACUAGGGAUAUGUGUUUCCCAGGUAGGGGAACACAUAUGACUAAAGAUAUGUGUUUCCCAGGUGGGGGAACACAUAUCACUAGAGAUAUGUGUUUACCAGAUAGGGCAACACAUACCACUAAGGAUAUGUGUUUUCCAGGUGGGGGAACACAUAUAACUAGGGAUAUGUGUUUCCCAGGUGGGGGAACACCUAUCACUAGGUAUAGUGUUUCCCGGGUGGGGGAACACAUAUCGCUAGGGAUAUGUGUUUCCCAGGUGGGGGAACACAUACCAUUAAGGAUAUGUGUUUCCUAGGUAGGGGAACACAUAUCACUAGGGAUAUGUGUUUCCCAGGUGGGGGAACACAUAUCACUAGGGAUAUGUGUUUCCCAGGUGGGGGAACACAUAUCACUAGGUUUAUGUGUUUCCCGGGUGGGGGAACACAUAUCACUAGGGAUAUGUGUUUCCUAGGUGGGGGAACACAUAUCACUAGGGAUAUGUCUUUCCCAGGUGGUUGAACACAUAUCACUAGGGUUAUGUGUUUCCAACUGGGGGAACACAUAUCACUUGUAAUUUGUGUUUCCCACGUGGGGGAAGCCAUAGCAUUGGGGAUAAGUGUUUUCCAGGUGGGGGAACACAGAUCACUAGGGAUAUGUGUUUCCCAUGUGGGGGAACACAUAUCACUAGGGAUAUGUGUAUCCCAGGUCGGGGAACACAUACCACUAGGGAUAUGUGUUUCUCAGGUGGGGGAACACAUAUCACUAGGGAUAUGUGUUUACCAGAUAGGGCAACACAUACCACUAAGGAUAUGUGUUUUCCAGGUGGGGGAACACUUAUGACUAGGGAUAUGUGCUUUCCAGGUGGGGAACACAUACCACUAGGGAUAUGUGUUUCCCAGAUGGGGGAACACAUAUCUCUAGGGAUAUGUGUUUCCCAGGUGGGGGAACACAUAUCACUAGGAAUAUAUGUGUUUCCCAGGUGGGGGAACACAUAUCACUAGGGAUAUGUGUUUUCCAGGUGGGAGAACACAUUCCACUAGGCAUAUGUGUUUUCCAGGUCAGGGAACACAUAUCACUAGGGAUAUGUGUUUCCCAGGUGGGGGAACACAUACCACUAAGGGUAUGUGUUUCCCAGGUGGGGGAACACAUAUCACUAGGGAUAUGUGUUUCCUAGGUGUGGGAACACAUAUCACUAGGGAUAUGUGUUUCCCAGGUGGGGGAACACAUAUCACUAGGGAUAUGUGUUUCCCAGGUGGGGGAACACAUAUCACUAGGGAUAUGUAUUUCCCAGGUGGGUGAACACAUAUCGCUAGGGAUAUGUGUUUCCCAGGUGGCUGAACACAUAUCACUAGGGAUAUGUGUUUUCCAGGUGGGAGAACACAUACCACUAGGGAUAUGUGUUUCCCAUGUGAGGGAACACAUAUCACUAGGGAUAUGUGUUUCCCAGGUGGGGGAACACAUAUCACUAGGAAUAUGUGUUUCCCAGGUGAGGGAACACAUAUCACUAGGAAUAUGUGUUUCCCAGGUGGGGGAACACAUAUCACUAGGGAUGUGUGUUUCCCAGGUGGGGGAACACGUAUCACAAGGGUUAUGUGUUUCCCAAGUGGGGGAACACAUAUCACUUGUGAUUUGUGUUUCCCACGUGGGGGAACACAUAUCACUAGGGAUAUGUUUUUCCUUGGUGGGGGAACGCAUAUCACUAGGGAUAUCUGUUUCCAAGGUGGGGGAACACAUAUCACUAGGGAUUAGUGUUUUCUAGGUGUGGCAACACAUAUCGCUAGGGAUACGUGUUUCUUAGGUGGGAUAACACAUAUGUUAUACUUGGGAUAUGUCUUUCCCUGCCGGUUGAACACAUAUCACUAAGGAUUCGUGUUUCCCAUGUGGGGGAACCCAUAUCACUGGGGAUAUGAGUUUUUCAGGUGAGGGAACACAUAUCACUACGGAUAUGUGGUUCGUAGUUGGGAGAACACAUAUUACUAGGGUUAUGUGUUUCCCCAGUAGGGGAACACAUAUCUCUAUUGAUAUGUGUUCCUCUACUUGGAAAACACAUAUCGCUAGUGAUAUGUGUUUUCGAGACAGCGGAACACAUAUCACUAGGGAUUCGUUUUUUCUUUAUUGGGUAUAUAUAACACAGCGCUUAACCUAUUCAGCCACUUAUGUAUUUUAUUUAACUGCAAGGAAGGUUUCCUGUUUUUUUUUUCCUACAGUUGCAAUUAAAUUUUAGUUAUUUUUUUUAUUUUCAUUUAACUAUUAUAAUGUGUUAUAUUUCAGGUCAGAAGAUGAUUUGCACAGUGUAAAAAUUACCCAUGAAGACCCAGUAACUAAAGUUGACAAGGUACAACGAAAAUUUUGCAUUUAUUAUUGUUGUAUGCAUUAGAGUUACAAAGGGUGCCUAUGAUUGGGAAAUCUGUAUUUAUAUUUUAAUGCUGCAGAGAUAUCUGUUCUUGAGUUUUCCCUUUUUUUGCUGUUGUUUUUUUUUGGAAUAUCCAAGAAAGGAUUAAGAAAAACUGUUCUUAGGAACAGGAGUUUUGCACCUGCAUGCAUAAUUAGCAAAUAGAAGACCACUGUCCAAAAGAAUAGUUUUGCAAAUCCUCUUUCGGAUUUCCCAAUCGAACAGUAAAGAAGGAAAUCCAUGAAAUCCGGAUUUGGAUUUGUUAAUGAAAUCCACCCUGAGGACGGAUUUCUCGAAAGUGAAAUCCAUUUUCGUAUUUUGCGUUCAAUUGCAAAGUCUGAAAUUCUUUUUACAAAAAGUAAAUCUGGAUUUCCCAAUCGAUUGCAACCAAACUGUAAUUGCUCUGGUUACCUGCAUAGAGAAUAUGCUUUUAACCCCACAGUAGCAUACUAUAGGAGGGUUGAAAAGCUUUUCUGGCUGUUAAUAUUUGGGAGACAUAAGAGACCUUUAGAUUCGAGGACAAGGAUGACUGCGAGUACGAGAAUUGACUUUAAGUUUUUUCGCGUAUUCUCAUUAAUGUAGACUUCCCGGAGAACUUCAUUUUACCAUUGUCCACUAGAAAGGUUCGCACUGUUAUCUUUGAAGGUGGUUACGUGCUCUUUCGAUCACAAAAUGAUAAAACUUCUUACAUUUGAUAUGAAUCUUGUUUUUCACCACCACAACAUUUGCACUAAAACUCAUAAUAGAGAUGAUGGUGGCUACCACCUUUUCUUGCCAAAAUGAUGCUGGUUCACUCUUGAGUGUUACUUAGUAUUGGGAAAAUCUCAUAGUUGUAGACUUACUUGUUUCAGAAUCCUAAGCUCUCUAUAGACACAGAAAAGAAGAGAAAUUUUUUUAUACCCCUUAAAUUUUACAAGUUCCCAGGGGAAAUCCCAUGUCCCCAGCCCUUUAAAGCACGUAGUGACUGCCCUGUUCUGGGAUAAAAGCCAUGGAUGCCGAUGUGAAUGGUUUGGUUUGUGUGUCCUUCCAUCCCUACAAUGUCUGUGUUCACACUAGAGACAGAUUAUCUGUCUCAAAUUAUGAAAUAGAGGGAUAAACAGACAGAUGUAAUCAUACUGAUUAUUCAUUGCCCUUGCUGGGUCGCAUAAAGACAGCCAGAUUAUCAAUUAUACUUCUGAGUCAGAUAAUCUGUCACUUAAGUGUAAAAACAGCCACCUGGCAUGGAUAACAGUCAUAACCAAUUAAAGUUUUUAGAUGUUUCAGUUAAUGUUUUAAAUUGCCUAUGAGAUAUUAUUAAUAAUAGUUUUCUUGUAUAACUUAAGCUUGCCUAUGGUUCAGUACAAUUUCUGAGGAUAGCAUUUGAUAUUAUUUCCUUGUACAAAGUGGGAAAGAUGACAGAGAAUAAGUGGCUAAAGUAAGUCAAUCAGUCAAUCAUAAUCAGUCAUUUCAGAUGUUUAAUGUGUAGCCUCUAAGGCAACUUCAUUUUUCUCUGCACAAAAGCAAUUUUACUACUUAAGUAUUUACAGUCAACUCUCUCUAAGUCGGACACCUUUAGGGCCGGUACUAAGUGUCCAUCUAAGAGAGAUGUCCAUCUUAUAGAGAGUCAAAUAAAGGGAGUAAAGAAAGGCAGGGACCAACUCUGUGUCCGACUUAUAGAGGUGUCCGUUAAGAGAGAGUCGACUGUAUUUGUUUAAUUGUAUCAGCUGUGAAUAUUUUCCCUUAAUUCUUUGUCUUAUUUAUAUUCACAGAAAUGUUGUACAAUGAGUAAACCUAAAGUAAACAGCGCUUUUGGAUCAUUAAGAAAAAGCACUCUUUAAUGUUUAAUUAUUAUUAUGAUUAUAUGAUUAUGAUGAUGAUGAUGAUGAUGAUGAUGAUGGUUAUUAUUAUUGUUAUUAUUAUUAUUAUAAUUAUUAUUAUUAUGUGGUAGUAGUAGCAGCAGCAGCAGCAGUAGUAGUAGUAGUAGUAGUUACUUUAGUAGUAGUCGUAAAAAUGAGUAGUAGUGGUAGAUUUUUGUUCGAUGAAUCUCAAGACCAUAAAUCAGCUAUAAUUUGUGUUAAUUCAGACUCAUACAUUAUUAGUUUUUUGAUACUGGCACUUGAUUUGACCUAUGUUUUUGUGUCCUUUGAUUAUCAACAGCCGCAUUAUUAUGUUGGAGACAGUGGCGGGUGUACCAGGGAUGAUUGCGGCGAUGGCUCGACACUUUCACUCCCUCAGGAAACUAACAAGAGAUCAUGGGUGGAUUCACACACUGCUAGGUAAUAUUUCCAGUGAACUGAAGGGCCAUGCAAAAUUCAAAUAUUUAUUUACUCCAACAAGCACCAAUCAAACUGUGUUAAAUUAAUAGGUUUAACCAAGGUAAGUUUUUAAGUACAGGGUUCUCAAUAGAUUUUUAAGUAGGAGGUGAUCACUGAUAAAGUAGGAGGCUCUUCAGCAAAGCCAGAGGUGUCAAAACAAAGCAAAGAAAAGCGACCUAAACACAAAGUAAGCGGCUAUAAAUCCCAAAGUAAGCGGCGAUCAAUCGCCGGGUGCCGCCUUCUAUUGAGAACCCUGUAAGUACUAAUAAUGGGCUAUUGCAGCUAGUCUUUUCAAAAUUUGCUAGUAUUUUGACAAUAAUAUAAUCAAUCUGCCUACGUAUUUAUAACACUUUAGUACAUCUGUCAUAUUCGAGCACUCAUGCCGUGUCCCAGAAACUUGUCAUUAUGAUAAAUGUACUCAAAAACUUAGUUUUAUAGUUUUAGGUACUUAAAACUUUUCAUCAAACUUUUUUAGAGGAAGCUGAAAAUGAGCGGAUGCAUUUGAUGACAGCCUUGGAACUAAAAGAACCUGGAAUUCUCUUCCGAGGAGUUAUACUUCUCGCUCAGGGUAAGUUGUACAAAAAAAUUAUUUCUCCAUUAAUUUUCAAGACUUACUGCGUUUAAGGCAUUUUAAUGCAGGUGAAAUGUGUAACCUGUUAUUUAGCUCGAAUUUUAGUGCCAUGCUUAUGUUCUUUUUCAUUUUGCCUCUGUCUCCUCCUCCUCCACAAGCUUUUCUAAGGCUUAGUAGCAUGGAACACAGCGACAACCCUGAGAAGUGGAGACAAGCAAGAGGUCCCAGGAGCACUUUAAUUUCCUUAGUAAUUAACUCAAAUAUCUGCCCAAACGUGAUUGUGAGUAACUGCAUGGGGAUGAGGCAGAUUUUGCCUAAUGCCCACUCAGACUUAACCAGGGGGUGGGGGGUUGGGGUUUGGGGGCUCGGGUUACAACAUAAUAAUAAUAAUAAUAAUAGUAAUAAUAAUAAUAAUAAUAACUGUUUAUUCACAAAUCCAUGGAAAAGUGAAAAGGAGAUAAAUGAGGUUAUCCCUUUCUGGUUUAAUCCACGGAGAAGCUCUGCCCAAAUGUCCAACCCCUUUAUCCUUUUAUUUACCAUUUUUGACAAGUUACCCCCUCUAUAUUCCUUCUAUUGACAAAUGGUAUCCCUUUCAUACACCCAGUGUAAUUAGAACUUUCCAUCCCUUUUAACUGCUGUAAAGGUACUGUAUUUAAAAUAUGAAUAAAUCACAAAACCAGAACAUUUCCCCAACUUUCUCACAGUGGUAAAAUGCAUUUGUCAGCCCCUUUGGGCCUUGCAUUAAAAGAAAUGACAGUUACCGUUUCUCAUACUUAAACUUGUGAAAUUGCUACCCUUUGAUAUGUACCUGAAGCCUGAAAAAGGUACCUCUUUUGGGCGGGGCCUCCCCGUAUGGGCCAUUAUAGGGAGUACCUCCACGCCCCACGGUAGUUAACGUAAGAUGCAAGCAAAAUCUUUAUUGUAUAGCUACAACUUUUUCCUUUUCUAUUUCAACAGGUCUUUUUGUCAACUGCUUCUUCAUAGCAUACAUGUUAAGCCCCAGAUUUUGUCACAGAUUUGUUGGAUACCUAGAGGAGGAAGCAGUGAAGACUUACACCUACUGCUUAAAGGUGAAUAACCUUUUUAAGUUAACCAUCAGCUGCCUCACUUGAGAAGGUGGGGCCAUCCUGGUGAAUCCAUGGGCUUGCAUUGUUGUAGCAAGCUGGCUAGAUGCUACAAUCUUGGACAAAAAUGUUACUUAGAAAAAUGAUGUUGCCUUGUUUAGUUUCAAGAUGAAGCUCUUCAAGCACUGCAGACAAAGUUAAUACUCCCCCAUUCCUCCCCGAAACAAAUAUGCUGUAGUCUGGUUGGAUCAUUUCUGUCCUUGACUGAACAACAUUGGCCAGGGUGUGGCAAGGGGAGAGGCCAUAGGGGUAUCGGAUCUGUGGGAAAGGCAUCUGUGGGUAAGAAACUGCAAAAUUCUAAGCACUUUUUGUCCAAGAUUGAAGAUAGAGUACAUUCCAAAAAUGCAGUGAUACAAAUGUACCACUUAGAGUGACCAACAGCAAUUUUCUCCUAACAACAUCAGCAGAUCAUCAAGAGUAAAGGUUAUGAGAAUUACUAAAUUGAUUACCAAAGGGAGAAUGCUUUGAUCCUAAGCCAAAUUCUCUCAACUAUUCUUAAAAGAAACGUAUGGAGAUCAGUCUAGAGAAUUUGUACGUAGAUAAAAGAAGAGAGAAGUAACAGCUGGAAAUAAUAUUAUACCUCUGCCAUGAGGCUCCAAUCCAGGCACCUGUCAAAGUGAAACUGAAUAAAAUUUUCAGUGUUUCUGUAAUGAAUAAAAUGGAUGGGAGAAAAAUAGAAAUAAAAUUCUAGCCACCUCUUACAUGUAAAUACAUUGGACUUUUGACUAUAAAAGGCAGCUGUUCGAAAGUGUUUAGUUGAGGUUGUUGAGUUCAGUUUUGAGCUAUAUUUUAACAAGAUUGUUAUUAAUAAGUUUAAGACACUGUGACUUUGGAGGACAGGAAAUUGAAGAUGUCUCUGACCAGGUUCUUUUAUGUAAAAAAUUUCAAUUCAAGGGCAGAAAUAUGUGAUAAAAUUAUUGAUUCAGUUAACAUGGGUGUAAAAUUUUCACAGUGUAUUGAUGAUGGAACUCUACCGAUUUGGAAAACAAAGCCUGCACCUCCUCUGGCUAUUAACUACUGGAAGUUAAAGGUAUUUAAGAAAAUUUUUUCUUAAAAUUUAAAUUUCAAAGAGGGGAUAAUUUUUAUAAGAGUGUCGAAGAAAAUCAAUGGCUCACAAUAAAAAAAGAAAGAAAAAACUAUGAAAAAUAUGUGCCAAGAGAGGAAGAGGAAAGGCCAGGUAACAGAAAACUUGAACCUUUGACUGACAAUAUCUCUCCAGCACAAAUAGUUUACCGCACAACUGAAUUUUACACAGAUUGUAGCUCAGGGGAAAUGGUAAAAAACCGAAGCAUUACUGGAAGCAACAGGUCAAGAAGAAUUAAAUGAAGAAGAUCGCAGUUAUUGACACAACUUUUGCAGUUGUGGAAAGAGAGCCUGAAAAAGUAAGGCUUGCACGGGAUUUGAACACUGUCUUGACCUCUGCAAUACUGGUGCAGCGCUCAACUAGUUAUUGAGCAAAGAAGCCAACUGGGAGUGGCUCAUUGAGUUGAUUCAUUAUAAACCCAUAAAAGGAUAAAAAUAUGAAAAUUAUACAUAAGAACUGUGGAGUGAAUGAAGAAUUAAAUGAAAGGAGGUUAUCGCAGUUAUCGGGGAUAGUUAAGUAGAAUUCAAAGUUUAUUAAACUCAAUCACGCACCCUCCUCACUACACAACAAUAGAGAUUUUAAUAUUCGAGGACAAGUACGAGGACGAAAUUGGAUUUAAAGUUUUUUCGCAUAUUCUCAAGAAGUAGACACCUCAGAACGCUUCAUUCUUCUUUUUUUUUUUUACCAGAAACGUUAGUACUGUUACCUUUAUUGGAGGAAAUUAAGCCCUCUCCCGAUCGCAAAAUGAUAAAACUUCUAACAUUAUUUUGAUAACUUGUUUCCGCCACUGCAACAUUCUCACUAAAACUCAUAGUAGAAUGGCAACUAGUAUCACGUUUUCGCACAAAAAUCAUGUUGGCUUAUGCGAGCACAACUUAGUAUUUAGAAAUUCUCGUACUUAUAUUCAUACUUGUCUUAAAAUAUAAAGGUUUCUAAUAUUUUUCAGUCUGUAGCUCUGAGUUUCUUUAUCAUUUUCUUACAGGAGGGAGCUGUUAUGCGGGAUGCCAUCCUGGCGAUACGAGCAGAUGAAGCACACCACAGAGUUGUUAAUCACACUCUAAGCUCAAUGCACCUUAAUGAGAAGAAUCCAUUUUCACCAGGCCAGAAGAAACUAUAA